AGAAUGUAAGUCGGUUUAUAUGUACAAAAUGAGCGUGUCUGGGUGCGAAUCGACAUGCGAAGAUUUUGAGCAAGAUUUUGAAAAUCAAUUAAGCAGUUUCAGAAGGAUCUGGAAGCAGCGACAACUUCUUUACGGGGAUCAAAUUGGAGAACUGAAGCAGAAAAUCGAAAAGCUUCAAGCCGAUAAAAAUAAUUUGGGUCUUAAAUACGUGAAAUGCAAAGCUGAGCUGGAAAAGCUAAAAGAAGAGCCGAAAGUAUCAAUUUGCAUUAUUUGCCAAUCAGGUUUGGGUGGAAGCUUAAACCAAAAAGAAGAUGGUGAUAAAAGCUUGAACGCAAGUUGCAUAGAAAGUUCGAGUAAGGUAGUUGAAAGGAAGACACCUAAAAAGCUGGACAGUUUAGCUGUAAAUUCGAAAAAAAAGUUCAAUUUCAAAGAGUUUAAAAUGCCAUCGAAGGCUGAGGAACAACUUAUCGAAGAUGAGAAAUCGAUUAAUAUUGGCAAUUUUUCCAUUCCUGAAACGUGUCCCGAUAACGACUCUUCAAUUGUAGAAAAAAUAAAAGUUUCUGGUAGUAAAAAUACAAUAUCUAAGAAGCAACAACAAUCAACCCCAAUUAACGAAAACUGGACACGGCCUAGUCUGGUAAAGAUGUCUGGAGGCUUAGUCAAGCAGUGUUUAGACAUCAACAAAAAUUGCCCAAAGUCAAGAACGUCAGUUGAAAAUGAAACAGUUCUAAUUAGCUCGUUAGUUGUAAUCGAAAACUCAGUUAACGUGACAGAAAUUGACCCAAAAAAUGGGCCCAUCCUAAAUCCUCUUCCAGAAAAUUGUGCAUUCAAAAAUGAAGUUUUGAGUGGAAAAACUAAAAAUAAGAAAACAAGUUUCGAUGCAAAUGCAAAAACUGUCAGUGAACCUCAGGAAAAUUCAAAAAUUGAAGAUAAUUUAACAGAAGACUCAAAUAGUAUCGGCGAUAAAGAUGACUUAGAUGUAAUCAUUCCCAGUCCAGUUAUUGGGAAGUCAAACUCACGUAUCACAAACUCAAGUCAAACUCCAGACGAAAGUCUGGCCAAUAAAUGUCAAUCUCAGUUUGAAUCAACGGCUACGUGUAGUAGCUCCCAGAAACUUUUAUUCGGAUCAUCUCGAAAAUCUUUAUCGGCCAGUAAAGUUGGUAGAAUUAUAGUUUCGGAUACACCGUCGCCAAAAAGUAAACGAAGAUUGAUUUUAAAAUCUGUCGAGAAAACUAAUUUAAUUCCCGAAACGUAUAAUUGCAAUUCGCCCGAAACUAUCGGCGCUGUCGAUAAUGAAAUUCAAGAGACUGACAGUUUAUUUGUUGAAGACGUUAAGAAUUUGGCCCGGAAUAACAAAUUAGAAAAGUCCUUCAAAAAUUUUUGCUCGACGCAAAUGAUAGACAGAACGAAGUUAGAAGAAAGUCUUCAGUUGAUGUUUUCACCAGUUGAGCCUCUAAAUAAAGAAAAACAAUUCCAACAAAAAUCAAUUUCUCCUAAAAUAUGCGCUGAACAAUCAUCGUUCAGUCAACCUUGUGAAAUUAUAGAAUCACCAACUGAACUUUCGUCUAAAUCUCAGCAACAAAAAAAAGCACGAGAAAUACGAAAGAAAGCUGCGAAAAUUACUUAUACGAAGAGUUUUUACAGUGAUGGACAAAGCAAACUUAAAUUAAUAGCUAAAGGCGUUAGUAAGAACAGCGCCAAGAAAAAGCAAACAAGUCAAAAUAAAAAACCAACGAAAAAGACUAACCUAGAUGAGAGUAUCCAAGUCUUAGAAGAUAGUUUCGACGUUGUACCGAAUUCUAAGAACGAUAAACCAAGUUUCAAGUACCAGGAGGUCGUGAGAGGUCAAGUCGCCAGAAAUCAGAUGACUGGGAAGUCGUGCAAAGAUUGUGAAGAUUAUUACAAAUCUGCAGGUCUGAGUGGAGACGAAAUAGCAAAACGCAUGAACGGUUGUUCACGUCACCGAGUGCACUUCACACCGCCAAAAACCCCGCAACACUACUGGUCCCUUGAUUUCCCCCCUACACCCCCGGACAUGAAGGGCGUGAAAAGAAAAGAACCCUGUGGUGACAAUUUGAAUAAAGAUAAUAUAGAUGAAAUAACGGAAAAAGUUCAUCAAAAUAAUGCUAUUGGAAGUAGUAUAGCCAAUUGUAGAGCGAAGCGACGGAAGCCUUUAGUAAGUAAAUGAAAUGUUUUUUUUUUUUUCAAUUUGUUUUCGCCGUGAUUGUUUUCAAGUUGUAAUUGAGUAAUA